UCAGCCUCCUUUUAUCCAAGCUAAACAAUCCCAGCUGUUGUAACCUUCCCUCAUAGGGGAGAUGCUCCAGCCCCUUGAUCAUUUCAGUGGCCCUUUUCUGCACUUUUUCCAGCUCUACAAUAUCUUUCUAUGGAGGUCCUUUGAAUCCUGUUGGAGGCUGAGAUAGAGCACAGAUCAGAGAUGGAAGAGCAAAACUCAGCUUGUCCUGAUGCUACCGAGAAUGGGAGCAGUGGGGCAUUCUGGGAAAGAACAGUGCAGAACACCCUGGGCAAGGACACUGGCAACUCGGACGUACAGCGCCAGCGCUUUAGGGGGUUCUGCUACCAGGAGGCCGAGGGCCCCCGAGAGGUUUGCAGCCGACUCCACAAUCUCUGCAUUCAGUGGCUGAAACCAGAGAGGCUCACCAAAAUCCAGAUGCUGGACUUGGUGAUCCUGGAGCAGUUCCUGGCUGUCCUGCCCCCGGAGAUGGAGAGCUGGGUGAGAGAGUGUGGAGCGAAGACCAGCUCCCAGGCGGUGGCCCUGGCAGAAGGUUUCCUCCUGAGCCAAGCAGAGGACCAGAAGCAGGAAGAGGAGCAGGUGAUGGGGGCCUUUGGCAAAGCGGCUUCUGAGUUCCCUGAGGCAGAGGAAGCUCCCAGGCGGAAGGCACAAUUCAGGUGGAUCGUGCAGGAGGCUGAUGGAGAUGCCGCCUUACCGGGUAACGGGAUGGCCCUGGUGCUUCAUUCAAGGCUUUCUUCCGGAGGAGUGGAAAUGGCUGAUGUACGGCCAGGUCAGGAUCUGGUGACCUUUGAGGAGGUGACUGUCCAUUUCACGGAGGAGGAGUGGGCACUGCUGGAUUUUGGCCAGAGAGAUCUGCACAGGGAAGUUAUGGAGGAGAAUUAUGGAAACCUGUCCUCUCUGGGGAGGAGGAGCGAUAAGGAGAAUGAACACCAGCGAAGCCAAACAAAUGCCAAUCAGAAAUGGAGGAAGGACUUUGUUGUUUCUGAAGGUACUGACCUCCAUGAAUUCCCAAUGAGAGAGGAGUGUUGCCCGAGGAAGAAAAGGAAAAAAGGCCCUCAAUGUGCCCAAAAUGUAACAGGGAUUUCAAGCUUUACUGUGCCUACAAGAGCACACGAAACAAAGCUACCCUUUAAAUGUUUAGAGUGCGGAAAGUGUUUCAACUGGAGGAUACAUCUCAUUAUACAUCAAAGAACCCACACAGGAGUGAAACCGUUUAGCUGCUCAGAAUGUGGAAAGAGCUUCAGUCAUAGCAGUACCCUCACGUAUCACCAAAAAACCCACACAGGUGAAAAACCAUACAAAUGCUCAGAGUGUGAAAAAAGCUUCAGCCACAGUGGCAGUCUUAUUUCUCAUCAAAGAAUCCACACAGGAGAGAAACCGUACAAAUGCUCAGUGUGUGGAAAGAGCUUCAGUCAGAGUGGGAGCCUUACUAACCAUCAGAGAAUCCACACAGGAGAGAAACCAUAUAAAUGCCCACAGUGUGGCAAGAGUUUCAGUCGCAGCAGUAUCCUUAGCGAUCAUCAACGAGUGCACACAGGAGAGAAACCUUACCAGUGCUCAGUGUGUGGAAAGAGUUUCAGCCAUAGCGGUAGCUUUACUUAUCAUCAAAGAAGCCACACAGGCGAGAAACCAUAUCAAUGCCUGGAUUGUGGAAAGAGCUUCAGUCGAAGUGGUAACCUUAUCUCCCAUCAAAGAAUGCACAGAUGGGAGAAACCCUACACAUGCUCAGUGUGUGGAAAGAGCUUCAGCCAGAGCGGUAGCCUUAAUUCUCAUCUAAAAACCCACACGGGGGAGAAACCAUACAAAUGCUCAGAGUGUGGAAAGAGUUUCCGGCAGAGUGGUAGCGUUAUUUCUCAUCUAAAAACCCACACCGGGGAGAAACCGUAUAUAUGUUCAGAGUGUGGAAAGAGUUUCAGACAGAGAGGGAGUCUUAAUUCUCAUCAGAAAACCCACACUGGGGAAAAACCGUACAUAUGCUCAGAGUGUGGAAAGAGCUUCAGCCGGAGAGGUAGCCUUACUUCCCAUCAAAGAACCCACAAGGACGAAGAACCAUUUAAAUGCUCAGAGUGCGGAAAGAGCUUUGGUUCCAGCCAAUACCUUGAUUUACACCACAGAAUCCACAGUGGGGAAAAACUAUAUACCUCCUCAGAGUGUGGAAGUAGCUUCAGUCAGAGCAGUAGCCUUGCUUAUCAAAUAAUCUAUGCAAGGGAAGAAGGUGUUCAACUGCUCAGUGUUGAAAUGGAUUCCAUCACAAGGGGUGGAAAGAAAUCCGAGGCUGAGCGAAGAGAUCCUUCCGUGUUGUCUGUGGCUGCCUUUGGGUACGGAGCCCAGAUGGAGGGGCAAAGUUCAGCUGGCCAUGAGGAAGGAAGAACCCCGGAGGUCAAGGAGGCUGGGAACAGCGGGGAAUUCUGGGAAAGAACGGUGCAGAAGAUCCUGGGUGGGGACACCGGCAGCUCGGACGAACGGUGCCAGUGCUUCCGGCGUUUCCAUUACCGGGAGGCCGAGGGCCCCCGAGAGGUUUGCAGCCGACUCCACGAACUCUGCCGUCAGUGGCUGAAGCCAGAGCGACACACCAAGACGCAGAUCCUGGACUUGGUGAUCCUGGAGCAGUUCCUGACUGUCCUGCCCACGGAGAUUGAGAGCUGGGUCCGAGAGUGUAGGCCGGAGACCAGUUCCGAGGCGGUGGCCCUGGCAGAAGGUUUCCUUCUGAUUCAGGCAGAGGACAAGGAGCAGGUAAAGACGAAGUUACCCAAAGCAGCCACGGAUUUCCCCAAGGCGGAGAGCGCUCCGUCAGACGCCACACAGCUGCCGGUGUUCAAGUGGAUUGUGCAGGAGGGGAACGGGCCCCCCGCCUUGCUGGGUUGUGGAACGACGCUGGGAGAGAACGGGACGACACUGGAGGGUCCUUCUAGGCCUUCUGUCCUUUCUGGUGGGGUGGAAACGGCUCCUCGGCAUCUAGAACAGGGGCCGAUGACAUUUGAGGAGGUGGCUGUGUAUUUCACGGAGGAGGAGUGGGCGCUGCUGGAUCCAGGCCAGAAAGCCCUCCACAUGGAAGUUAUGGAGGAGAAUUACGGAAACCUGGCCUCUCUCGCCGGUGAUGGACAAGACAAUGAGAAUUAUUGGGAGCCCUCUGUGAUGACAUCUCAACCCAUCAAGCAGGAAGUGGGAGAAGAGACGUCUGGAGAUCGAACAGAACCAAAAGAGCACGAGGGAAACGAAGCCAUGAACGGGGGGAAGGUACCCUUUGCUUGUCAGGAUGCCGACGUCCCUGAGCUCCUCCUCCCGGAAGAAGACUGCCAAGAAAAGAAAAGGGCCGAGUGUCCGGUGUGUGGGAAAAAAUUCAGGUACCAGUCAGACCUGAGUCGGCAUUUCAGAAUCCACACAGGGGAGAAACCGUACGAAUGUCUGGAGUGCGGGAAGCGCUUCAGCGACAGUGGGACCUUCGCUGCCCACCGGAGAAUCCACACGGGGGAGAAACCGUUCAAGUGCUUGGAGUGUGGGAAAUGCUUCAGUCGGAGUUACCACCGCACCACGCACCAGAGAACCCACAGAGGGGAGAAGCCGUAUCAGUGCCUGGCGUGCGGAAAGAGCUUUAGCCGGAGCACCACCCUCGCCAUUCAUCAGAGAAUCCAUGCCGGGGAGAGGCCGUACGGCAUCAAAGAGCUGGGGUGGGGACCCAACAACCCGUGGACUGGAUCUGGGCCACCCCCAACGAUCAUCUGGCCCUUGGGGUCCCCUGCCCCUCUGGAUGCUAUGGGACCCCUGUUGCCUCCCUGGACCACCUCUUCUAACUGGCCUGCCUCUUCCGCUUCCAAUGUCUGUGUGUACGAGAGCAACGGAGAGGGAGUUGGCAGAGAAGCAGAGAAGGAGACGCAGUCGCUACAUGCCGCCGCCACCACCUCUCCAGAAGCCGUGGGCUCGCUCUUGCCCCCCUGGACCACUUCCUCCUCUUCCAACGUCUACGAGAGAGAGAAAGAGGGAGUGAGCAGAGAAGGAGAGAAGGAGACGCAGCCACUACCUGCGGCCGCACACUGGGUGGACAACAACAAACAAAAGGAAAGAACAGAUCGCUUGGUGCCUACACCAGCGCCGACCAAAAGGAAAGUCGAUGCGGAAGGCCGUGUUUUUAACGAGAACUGGACCGCCGAUUAUUUCUUUGUGGAGGUGCGCGGCAAGCCCGUGUGCCUGGUUUGCGGGAAAGCCCUUUCCGUCAUGAAGAAAGUGAACCUGGAGAGACACUACAACACGAUGCACGGCCAGUACGAGGCGUUUCAGGGAGAACUGCGCCUGGAGAAAAUCGGCGCGUUGAAGAAGGAUUUGAGCGCACGGCAGGGGAAUCCCUCCAGCUCGAGAAAAGAAAGCGCCCCGCAAGGCGGAUGCGCGGACAGCGUGGUGCAAGCCAGCUACGCGGUGAGCGAGCUCAUCACCAAAAAGCUGCGGCCUCAUUCCGAAGGCGAGUUUGUGAAGGAGUGCCUGAUCGCCACAGCGGCCUUAUUGGCGCCGGAGAAGCUGAAAUUAUUUGAGAGCGUGAGUUUAUCCCGCACGACAGUGUCGGGACGCAUUAGCGACAUGGCUCAGGACACCGAAACGUCCCUGAAAGACUCGGCGGCGGAUUUUGCCUUCUACUGCCUGGCUAUCGACGAGACGACGGACAUCACGAACACAGCCCAAGUGGCCAUUUUUGUGCGGGGCAUCAGUCGGGGCUUCGAGGUUCGAGAGGACCUGCUCUCUUUAGCGGCGGUGCACGACACCACCAACGGCAGCGAUAUUUUCGAGAAGGUCCUUUCGGCCGUGCACCGGCUGCACUUGCCGUUUGAGAAGCUGAGCGGGCUUGCGACUGACGGUGCUCCAGCCAUGGUCGGCCCUCAGGAAGGGUUAGUUGCCCUGCUGAAGAAGGAAAUCGAUCACCUCGGCCUCAACCCGAGUCAGAUGUUCGUGUACCACUGCAUCGUGCACCAAGACGAUCUGUACGCACAGUCCCCGCGCCUGAACCACGUCAUGUCAACGGUGAUCAUGACCAUUAAGUUUAUUAAAAACCGAGGGUUCAACAGCCCGCUGUUCAAAGAGCUGUUGAAAGACCUCGAAUCGGAGUGCGGCGACUUAGUUUAUUACUGCGAGGUGCGCUGGCUGAUCCGAGGGAGCGUGCUGCUGCGCUAUUACGAACGGAGGGAGGAAGUGAAAGUUUUCAUGGAGGCAAAGGGAAGGCCUGUGGCUGAGCUGAGUGACCCCAGAUGGGUGCGCGACCUGGCGUUCAUGGUCGACAUGACUCAGUACUUGUCGGAGUUCAGCGCCACGUUGCAAGGGCCAAACCAAUUUCUCCCUUCCCUCCUUUCGAACGUCAGGCUGUUCGAAGCGAAGUUAAAUCUCCUGCAUUUCCAGCUGGAAGAGGGCAACACGCUGUAUUUUCCCACGCUUCAAGGGCUGAACCCCGAAUCGACGUCGGAGUACGCCUGGGAGUGCGCAAAUCUGCUCCAGAUCUUUUCCGAGCGAUUCCAAGACCUGGAAGAGAAGGAGCCGGAAUUGAACAUGUUUGCCACGCCGUUCAGCAUCGACGUGGCCGAGGUCCCCGAACGCUUCCGACAGGAGCUUGCAGAUCUGCAAAGCAACGGCGAGCUUCGGAUGAAAUUCGCGAGCCUGGAACUGCUGGAAUUCUACAGACUCUGCAUCGGCGCCGAUGAGUUUCCCAACCUGAGGAGGCACGCGCUGAAAGUGGCCUCGCUGUUUGGAACGACGUACUGCUUUGAGCAGUUUUCGAAGCUUUCGCUCACCAAGAAUUGCCGGCGUGCCAGGUUGACGGGCGCGAACUUGGAAAACCAGUUGCGGGUCGCAAUAUCGUCGGUGCCGGCCGAUAUAGCGGGACUCACCAAGGAAAAGCAAGCACAGGUCUCGCACUAAGGGACGCGGACGGGGCGAGGUGAGGAUAUUUCUUUCCUUCGGUAAGAAAAAUGACGUAAAAUGAGACGGUUCAGCUGGAGCAGAUGAGUUCAGCCUUUUAAUACAUUUUGUGGCUUUUAGUCCUCAGCUCACACUCAACUGAACCUAUGCAAUGACACAAUCUUUGCCCACUUUGGGUGCCGGCUCCGCCCUCAAUUGACUUUAAGAACAUAAGAAGAGCCAUGCUGGAUCAGACCAAGCGUCCAUCUUGUCCAACGUAGCGUUCAUUUUUUCUGUGGGGCAGUGGCCCGAUGCCGUAUAAAUGCUCAGAGUGCGAUCUAGACUUCACCGUACAUAGGGUAGUAUUCAAUGUUAGUUCUAUAGAGAGUAGGAAA